AUGGCUUCAGAACCCAAAACCCCGGCUGAUUAUGCUAUGUUGAUACUUUAUAAGCAGUUUAUUAAGACGGCGGAUAGAAAGCUGAAUAAUAUAAUGAGUUGGAAUGUGGACCGCGAACCUGAUUUCAUGAAAAUCGUUGGACCUGGCGCCGACCAAUCUUUCGACAAACUGUUGAAUUCAUUGGGAUACAUUGUGAGACAUCGACCACGGUCGCUGAUAGACACGAUGAUGUUGUGGCGUAAAGAGAAAACAGAAAAAUCAUCAGAUGCCCCAGAUGCACCGACUCACAAGCGAAAAUUGAGCGAUGGUGCUUUGGUUGAGCGUGUUAAAGAUCCUCAAGGAAUUUUGACUGAACGCAAAGCGCAAUUGCAACCUGAUGCAUUAGGAGAAGACCGUGGCGCCGAACUAGAAACAUUAAUAUUUGACCAAUUGAUAAAAGGAUCAGAUCCGGAAUUGAUACAGCGAGUUCGCAAUCGCGAAGCCAGUUUCAAUCUAUACGCUGAGCUAAUUGGCUCACUUUCAAAUAUUCGGUUUCCGACGGUGUCAGAUCGAUUCAUAGCCGAACUGGAAAAAUAUGCAAAAUUUCCACCGAGUGUGGUUAAAGAACACGAAGCGAAGAUUACAAUGCUUAUAAAGGGAAUGCGAUAUUUGAAAUUGAAGAUUUAUCCUGAAGGAGCAUUAGAGGAGACUGCGGAAUUCUUGAAAAGUUUGGCUGGAUUUUUGAAAAUUGCUACUGGAACUAAAAUUAAACAUGCAUAUGCGGAAUUAUUUGUGCAGUUAUUGACGCCUAUUGCUGGGGUGGCAUUAGCAGAAGUCAAUUAUCCUGUAUGGGUGAAAGCAGUAGAAAUGGUAUAUCCUAAAGCGUGGAAGAUGACAGAAAAGCCUCGGCAUUGUGAAGUGGCAUAUACAUUUGCAACUACCUUACUAUGUGUUAGUCAACGAGAUUUUUUUGCUCAGAGAUGGUGGUCAUGUGCUGAAGCUUGUUUCGCAAGGUUCAAGGAGAAAGAUCGCCGUCACAUGACAUUAGGCUGUCUUAUACGGCUGGUGUGGACAUUUUUAUACAGAUGCACCGAAACCACCGGAAAUACACAAAAAAAACUCGACACAAUAAAUCGAAUUCUGUUUCCCUUAAAUAAAACCUCAAUUACGCCAUCAGAAGUGUGUCUCGAAUUAUUUGUACUCUACGUGUACUAUAUAGGAUUCAAACCACAGCACUACGAAUACUGCUUAAAGAAUCUUAUAUUCUAUUUACUUAAUUCGGAAGUGAUGACCAACAAUAAGUCGGUCACACUCGAUAAUAUAAACGCUGAACGAAUGAACAUAGGUAUUCGUGCGUUUGGCUUGUUACUAGCAGCAAUGCAAAACAUGGAAGCGAGACCACCUUUUCCGACUAAUAUCGAAUUGGUAGACAUCAAAUCAUUAUUAUCAGGAAUGGGAAACACAUCAGACAUCCUUCCAGAGAGUUUCUUUACUCGUCCGGGUCUAAAAGAAACGUUCACAAAGUUUUGCGAAAUCGCGUAUACAAUUGCGUCGGUUGUUGAUAAUACACAUGGUCAUAUGCUCGUGCUGGAUGAACGGCAUUUGGCUACACGAAGUGGUUCUAUUUCGAGUACAGUUGGCCCGGGGGUUGUUAGCCAAGUUAGCGAUGUUAGUGUGUUUCAUCAGUAUGCCACAUUAUGUGUUAUUUAUCCAAGAGAACGGCAACCGUAUUUAGAUUUAUUGAAAACUUAUGUACGUGCACUUCCGCGAAUAUUACCUCCGAAUGUUCCAAAGUCACGUAUUGUCGAUAUGUUGUGUCGUUAUACUGUGCAUCUUGAUCCUGAUCUUGCAAAAGUUGCCGCUAAUGCAUUGGGACGAAUUGCAAAUCAAUGUGGUGCAGAAAUUGUAAUUAUAGGAUUUUCGAGAUUUGUUUAUAGGAUUGAAGAUAAAUACGCGGAAAUUUUAGCUGGAACUGGUCCUGGAAUGGGCACAAAAUUUGGUGGGGCGUUAAAAUUGUAUAUUGAAUUAUUACGUGUAUGGCUGGCUCAACUACGUGAAAAUCCUCCUUCCCCGUCUAAUAAUGAUGGUCUAGAAUCACCAGAGACAGGUGAAAUCCCCAAAAAUAAUAAUGCAACACACGAAAUUGAAGACACAAAUAUAGGGACAAUUAUUGAAGAAGCAGAAGCCAAUGGGCUAUUAUUCCUGUGUAGUCAAUCAUGUCUAAUUAGAAAAUAUGCUGUUAAUAUUCUAAUGCUUGUCGCUGAACUUGAAUCAGAAUUUGAAAAACGAUGCGCCAGAGAUGAUUCAAACUCAAGACAAGGUGAUCAUGGACAAUCACGUAGCCAUGAUGAUAUUACACUUGUGGGGUACGAAAUUAUGUCACCUUUAAAUUCAGAUUCACAGUCCGGAUCGAGUUCAAAAUUACUUUUUUCUGCAACCAGUAACGACGAUAAAAAACCCUACACGCGAAUUAUUCAUGUUUUGAAACGUGGCGGUGGUGAUCUUAUAAAAUUCGAUAAAUUGUCGGUGAAUGCAUCGCAGACGGCGUUAACAAUAGUGGAACAGAUUCGACUGCAAAAAUUACUACUACAAGGAAAAAAGGAUAUUCUUCUACGCUUGUUGGAAAGUGAACAUAACGCAGAUGCUGUUAUUUGGGCACAUUUGUUCCCGGAAUUUAUGAAAAUAUGUUUUGAAUGUUUUCCGGUGACAGUUGCAUUAUGUCGAAAUAAUGUUUGUCUUCGAAUUAUUCAAAUGCAAAAUGCAAUUUUAAAUGCAAACGAGUAUGUUUCUCGAACCCCCACGGGAUCGUUAUCCAUGUCGAAAUUUCAUUUAAAACCUUUACCUAAUGACGAGAUUGUCAGUCAAUGGCGCUCAUACUUGAUUGUCGCUUGCUCUACAAUCACUCACCCCGAUGAUUACAUGGAUCGUCAUUGGACAUCCGAUCGAAAACGUUCGGAAGCCUCACAUACUGAGCGAAUAACUUCUGCACGAGCUUUGUUCCGGCGAAUAUUAGGUUUCCUGACUUCUGAACAUACAUUGAUCAGAGAAGCUGUAGUAGCUGCACUUGGAAAUAUCAAUGAUGUUGUGUAUAAAGUGCUUUUGGACGAUUUACAACCGUAUAUUCAAUCGGUAAAUGAUGAUUAUCGAACAAAGACCACAAAUAAACCAUACUCCUCGAUUCACAGAAGAAUCAAAAGAUACGAUCGUCUUCGUACCGAAAUUGCUCAUGUUCUUCAAUUAACUGCACAUUUCCUGAUGAACCCGAACAAUAUACACAAUCACACAACGAUAAUGAAUUAUGUUAAAGAUACCUAUAUUUUCUUGCGCGAAACCGAGUUUCCAAUUGAGUGGGAAUGGCAAAAACUUCGGCAAUACUUUUGUGGCCUUGUGGAAAAACUAUACGAUGGCAUUUCGCAAUUGAACAAUAUUAAACGAGAAAUGGAGAUAAUGUCGUUUGACAUGCGAAUUGAAUUAUUCAAAAUGUUUGAAGAAUGGUGUGGACACGGACCAAAAGGACAACAGAAUCGUGAUCGCGAAGGGAAAAUUAUCUCUACUAUUUUAGAAACAUAUCCUAAAGACUCAGAAGAACGACGCCCAUGGCAUGCACAGUUGGAAACUGAAAGAAAAGCGUUAGAAUUAGCCGCAUUAAACGCAAUGGCAUCAUUAUGUAGAGGACCACUCUUUGUGAAUGACAACAAACCUUCUUCUUUUGACGUCCAGUCUCUUUUCAAAUGGAUUGAAUCCGUAUUUGCGGACCCCCAAGAUAAAUUGCAUCCUAUAGCGAGGAAAGCAAUAGAAGGAUUACUCGUUUCCAACACGAAUUCUACGCAUUUAUUAGAUACCUCCAUUCAUCAAACCUAUAGUGGAAACCCAUCAAAUAAACUGACUCAAGGAUACUUUUUAGCAAUUGCACAAACGCUAUUCAAAGUAUCCACUUAUCCAUUAAAGCACCCACAUAAGAUUAUUGCAUUGGCACUCUUCAAAGUCGGAGAUCCCGAUUUGGAAAUCCGUAAAGUUGCAAUAAAACUUCUGAAAAUGAUUGAAAAAAGAAUAUUUGACGAGUGUUGCGCGGCUGAAUAUGAAGUAGGGAUCACUUGUCAGUUAUCUUCGAUUUAUAAGCAAGCGCAGGUCGCUUUAUCUACCAGACUUGCUCAGAAUGCCCGAAAACGCGACGAAAUGAAAAGAAAACGAGACGAUGAAAAAAAUAAAACAGAAGUAGUGACACCUUCUUCCGAUCCAAACCGCAUUGAAGUAGUAGGAAACUACGACGAAUCGCAUUACAUGCUUUCCGAAUUCACGUUUAGAUUUGAGGCAGUUGGUGAAAGAGGUCAACGAGAUAUGCUCAAUUACUUUUUACCAUGGUUGCGUAAUAUUGAAUUAAUCGUUAAUGAUGAAGAUGAAUUGCCACCGACAACCAACAUGAUCAUCUCCAAUUUGUUCUUUAUUACGGUAAAAUAUGGUGAUAUUUACGUAAAAGAAGUGGAAUUGAUUUGGCAACAAUUAGUCACGGGAGAGCACGUACCAAAUGUUCAAGCUAUCGUAAAAUUUCUAAUUGAUGUUGGUCUAGAAAAGAGAAAUCCAAAUUUCGUAACUCAUGCUAAAAGAGUAUUUGUAUUUCUUGGACGAACACCAGCAUGCGCAGCUGUGAUCGAAAAAUUGAUUUCGAAAAUAACACCAAGAUCAAUGACACCACAACCACGUGAAAAAGAAGACACGACAAAAAAGGGCACACUUGGUUUAUGGUACGCGAGUUUCGAUGAGGUAUUACCCGCUCAUAAUAAAAGGCCGGUUUUCUCUGCGGGACAAUUAGCAAUGCUGUAUAUGGUUGAUAUGGCAAUUGAAGCUGGACCUGAUCUUCAAAUGUAUUUGCCAUUAUUAUUGCAUGUACUUUUCGUGCAAUUGGACUCGGUGAAUCUUCUAAUUAGCGAGGAAACACGCUCACUUUUAGUCAAUCUUAUAUACUCAAUUAUCAUUGGCAGAUCUGUUUAUCCGGAUAUAGUAAGUUUAGGAUCGGUUUUAGUCGUGGAAUUGAAAGCUAAAGAAGGUCCGCAACUUUGGCAAUACGAAGAUAUAAAUUAUACUAACAGGUCCUUAAGUAGCUUCAUAGAACUUGAUAGACUAGCAAAAGACGUAAUUAAAGUUUUCGGUGAACGAGAUCAAGAAAAUCUACAGCAAAUGUGGGGCGAACAAGCCUUAAGUUGGGCAACAACAUGUCCUGUUCGUCAUAUUGUUUGUCGCUCAUUCCAAAUAUUUCGAUCACUUAAACCGAUAUUCAAUAUUGCUAUGUUAGCUGACAUGCUGCUUCGUCUUGGCGCUACAAUUGCUGAUACCACCGAAGAAAUACAAGGUUUCGCAUUAGAAAUAUUAAUUACUCUUACUCACGUGGUCGACUGGCUUGAACCAGGCACCAAAGAAAUAUUCCCACAAAUGCUUUGGGCCACGAUAGCGUGUCUUCAGACUAUUAAUGAACCAGAAUUUUUAGAGGCUCUCGGAAUACUCGAAAAAAUACUGAAAAAAUUUGAUAUGCAAGAUCCGGAAAAUCAAGAGCUCUUUUGGAGUUAUUUCCCGGGUCAAUGGCAAGGAAAAUUUGAGGGGAUUCAACCGUUACUGUUAAAAGGAAUUCGAUCGUCUAUCUCACUUCAACCAACUUUUAAUAUGCUAAAGAAGUUGAUCCAUCUGAAUGAUCAAUUUGUUGAUCCAUCAAAAGGAAAACUAUUAUAUCUUAUUUUGGCCAAUCUUCCUCGUAUGGCUGAUGUAUUGAGCAGUAAUACGGUGCCUGAUGAUUGCAUCGAGUGGGCUCAAAAUCUAUCACUGAUUGCGGAACAAGAAGAACGCAAUAAUAUCGUUCGUGUUCUCGGUUCAUACAUGAAAGAUCGUUUCCGACAAAAAGAUGAUGAUUUCCUGAAACAAAUAAUUAACGUGAUCCGAGAUAACUAUUUCCCUGAAUACGAAGCACAAACUUUACUCUUUCUGAUGAGUCUCUUAUCAAACAAGAUUCCAUAUUACAAACUGAAAACAAUGAAAAUUCUUAAAAUCUUGCUUCCGUUUGUCAAUACACAACGUACUGAACUCUAUAAUAUUGGCGCGGAGCUCAUUCUUCCUCUUCUUCGUCUCUUGCCAACAACAUACUCGCAAGAGGCUAUUGAGGUGCUGGAUGAGACAAUCUCGAUCACUGGUGGGCCAAAGGAUAGGCAUAUAAUACGAAUGAGCAUACAUGCAAAAAAGGUUCAAAAAGAUUUUGAUACGACGGCAAGUUUGUUUGGUAUUCCAGAUGAUUCUGGAUGGGCUGUUCCUGAUCCUGUAAAUGUUGCUUUGAUGACACGACAAAAUGUGCAAGCAGUUUGCUUGACAUGUAAAGUCAGUAUGACACCUGUGGAUUACGAAUUUUUCCCCGAAAUCGCGGCAGAAAUCGUUUCAAAAUUAGAAGAUUUAGAAAACUAUUUUAAUCCCAUAGAUGAUGACGCCGAUAUGAUGAUCCAUGACGGUGUUGGUAGCAGUAACAGUAUCAGGAUAAAUGGUGAUUCACGAGGGCGCUCAAUGACAUUACCCUUAGCUUAUCAAAUCCCACGCAUAAUACAACAAGAUCUAGGCGACGAUUUUUCGGACCAGACAAAUCCUGAAUACUAUUCACAAUACGACACUAUAUUUGAUCGACACCUUUCAGAAUCCCCAUCGAUGGGUUCAUUAAGAUCGUAUGUAGAGCCAUAUUACAUACGCACUAGUUCGUCCUCGUCUUCAACACACACAAUCCCAUCAUUCAAUGACAAUUCAUCGGUGGUCCGAGAUUCUGAUGAAUUUGCGGCGCGUCUGCAAUCUAUAAGUUCUGCAUCUUAUACUGAAGAUGACAACGUAUCGUGGUAUGAUGAUGUAGAAUCUGUUUUCUCGGAGAGUAGUAGCACCUUUCCGAUGGAUUCUUUCUUACGGCAUACUCGAACUCCUGGUGGUUCGUUUUCGCACGGAACAACGCCUUCUGUUUAA